CAGUUUAAGCUUCUGAUUUUCGUAUUACAAUAGUUAUAUUUGUAGCUAAAUAUUUCGUGAAGUUCCAGUGCGUUGUCAAUGCAGCUAAUUAAUGUUGGAUAAAUAAAGUAAAAAUUAAUUAAGGCAGCAUCAAGUGUGCAAGGACAUACUCUGCAAUAAAAAAUACAAUGCACUCGAAUUUGCUGAUAUUUAUUUGGCGCCGCAAACUUUCAGUGCUGUUGCUGGCAUCGGCUGUUGUCUUGCUCGGACUCUGGACAUGGGCCAUACUUGAUGAUACAACCAAAACACUGCCAGCAUUCUCGCAGCAGCCUUCGCAGCAGGCCACUGGUGAGGCCAAUUAUCAGCACGUUCACAUCAUUCAGAAGUUGAUAGCCCAAGCGAAUCGCGUUUUGCGUGCCGAGCGACAAAAGGAGAACGCGGAGCAUCCGUCUCCGGCGCAGCGUUUGCUAGGCAACGUUCGCUUCGUGCGUCCCACACAGGCAAAAAAGGCACCGUUGCCCGUAGCCGACAGCUAUCUGUUCGAGCAGGAGCGCCUCAAGAUCCUGGAGCAGCAGCAGCGGCAGCGCAACGCAGGCAUGGACGAACUCAAUGCCAAUGCGGAGGAUGAUCGCAUGCUCAGCUCUGCAGAGCGUCAAACACAAUACGAGCACGAGCUGCAGCGCAUGGGUGUGCCCGCAGUGGCGGGCAUUGGUCCGGAUGGACCCCAUGCUCCGGCCGAGCGACUGGUGCACCUGGACCUUAAGGGCGCGCCACCCAAACUGAGCUUCCUGAAGCAACUUUUGCCCGUGCUGCGCGCCUUGGGCGCCACUGGACUGCUCAUCGAGUACGAGGACAUGUUUCCCUACAGCGGCAGCCUGCAGCCACUUGCCGCGCACAACGCAUACAAAGAAGCUGAGCUGAAGGAUUUUCUGGAGUCCGCAUGGGUCGAGCAUGGGCUGAGUGUUAUGCCGCUUGUGCAAACAUUUGGGCACAUGGAGUAUGCGCUAAAGCUGUCCGGGUUCGAGCAGAUGCGUGAGCUACCCGAAAGUCCUCAGUCCAUUUGCCCCAGCCAACCGCAGAGCAUGGCUUUGCUGGAGCAGAUGCUCACCCAGGUGAUUGAGCUGCAUAUGCGACCCUCGGGCAAUGCCACGUCCUCGGCUACGGAGCUGCCCAUUAAGUUUACACACCUGCAUAUUGGCUGCGAUGAGGUGCAGCGCAUGGGCGAGUGCUCGCUCUGUCGCCAGAGAUUGCGAAGCGAACUGUUCCUGUCACAUGUGAUUGGCCUGGCCCACUUUGUGCGUCGUCGCUGGCCACAUUUGAAGGUCAUCAUCUGGGAUGAUCAGCUACGGGACAUGACUCUCAGCGAGCUGCAGAACUCACAGAUUGGCAGCUAUGUGGAGCCCAUGGUGUGGGUAUAUGCCAGUGAUAUAUAUCAUUUUAUACAGCCACAGCUAUGGAACACCUAUGCCAAGGUGUUCCCUAGCGCAUGGGCGGCGUCCGCCUACAAGGGCGCUUUUGGGGAGAGUGUGCUGGUGCCGCCGCUGCAGCAGCAUCUGGAGAACAACAUUCGCUGGCUGGCGGUCAUAGCGAAGGAGGGUGGGCGCUUUGCCAAAGGCUUGAGAGGAUUGGCGCUCACCGGCUGGCAGCGCUACGACCAUUUUGCCGUACUCUGUGAGCUGCUCCCUGUCGGCAUGCCCAGCUUGAUGACAUCCCUGUCUACAGUUUCUAAGGGCUAUUUCAGCACCAAUCCGCGUGACAACGAGCUGUUGCGUGUACUGCGCUGCGUCUUUCAGCCGGAUAGCCGACGCUCCGGACAUCCCUGGCUCGAGUUGCAUCCGAAUGCACAUUACAGCCAAUUGUUUGCCGUGUGUAGCUAUCCAGGUCACCUGGUCUUCAAGUAUGCGCUCCGCCUUUAUGACAAGCUGGUUGAGGUGCGCAACUAUUUGCAACAGACACGAGAGCACAGUGCCUGGCUCUCGGACUACAAUGUGAGGCACAACUUUAGUUCGCCGCUGCGAGUGCAGGAACUGACGGCACGAACGCCCCAGCUGGUGGAGGAGCUGCGUGCCAUGGCACGAGAGGCCCAACAACUUCUAUGGGAAGUGUACGACGAGCACACGGUGGCGGAAUUUGUGGAGCAACACAUUUAUCCCAGUAUCAGUGCCCUGCAUCAGCAGCUUGCCAGUGGCCAAACGCUGUUGCAGCGGCGUACCUGGCAGCAGCGGCCACUGCCCCUGACCCUGGAGCUGCAGCAGGAUAUGGGACUGGUCACCACAGUGGACCAGCAGCAAGAGCAUUAAACAAAGGCACCAAAUUCAUUUUAACUGAUUGUUAACUGCUGGGAGCACACACACAUAUACACACUUAAAUAUUUUGUAGUCAAGGCGUUCGAAACGCCCUAAGCCAAUGGAUAAUAACGGUUAAUUUUUAAAUGUUAACAGCACUGCGGCAUUAUUCAAUACCAAUUAACAUAGUAAACAUUAAAUGUUCAUUCUGACAAAAAAUAUC